AUGGGAGCAGUGCUAUCGUUGCCGCUCGCUUCAUUAUCACUCAUUGGAAGUUGGAUUUCGUCCUUUAUUGGUGCGGGAUUGGUCUCAGGGUGUCUUUCUGCAAACAAUCCGCUCUCAAAAACAUUCAAGUCCUCUGUGGCAACAAGAGUAAUGUAUGGCUUCUUGUUCUUCAUUAACAGUGUAAUGUCUUGGGUCUCCUUGUCCAACACCAUAACAGAAUGGUUGGAACGAGCCAGUUGGGGAUUUUUACGUUUUGGCAAUGCAUAUUGUAGAGAGAAUCACUGUAUUGGCUUCACUAACGUUCAUAGAGUAAGCCUUAGCCUGGGGAUAAUGCAUCUAAUCUUAGCGGGCCUAGUGCUAGGUGUUCAAUCUACCAGUGACAAACGAGCUGUUAUCCAAAAUGGUUAUUGGCGCACCAAGAUAUUCGUCUCAUCACUGCUUUUGAUUCUAAGCUUCAUGAUUCCCGACACUUUUUUUGUGUUCUGGGGAAACUAUAUCUCGAUUAUAUUUUCAACUAUUUUCAUUGGAAUCGGUUUGAUUUUGCUGGUUGAUUUUGCUCACGAAUGGGCCGAAACCUGUAUUGAAAGAAUAGAGGAAGGGGAAAUUUAUCUUGACGACGAUGACACUGGUCUGUUCACAAGCAGCAAAUUUUGGAGGUUGAUACUGGUAGGUGGCACGCUGACGAUGUACAUUCUAUCUGUAGGUCUUUUUGUGUUUAUGUACCUUUUCUUCGCUCAGGAUGGCUGCAUAUUCAAUACCGUUGCGAUUUCUCUCACAUUCGGAUUUAGUGUGUUGGUGACCUUUCUGUCGGUGUCUCCCAUUGUCCAGGAAUAUAAUACUAAUGCUGGCCUCGCACAAUCCUCUAUGUGCUGCUUAUAUUGUGCCUAUUUGACAUUUAGUGCAUGCCUUAGCGAACCAGAUGACAAAGGUUGCAACCCUUUGAUACGAAGCAGAGGUACUAGAAAUCUCAGUAUUAUUUUUGGGUCCUUUUUCACUUUCAUUGCAGUUGCCUAUACGACAACUCGUGCUGCUGGAAAUUCGGCGUUCUCUCAUUCACAAUCUUCUUAUGGGGAUUCACAUUUUGAUUCGGUGUCAGAUAUAUUCACAGCACAUCCACCUGGAAGAAGAAAUGAAUUACGAGCUCAAGCAAUCAGGCAAGCUGUAGAAGAAGGCUCCCUUCCUGAAAGCGCUCUAAACGAUCCCAUCUACUACCAAUACGAUGAAAAUGAUACAGAAGAUCUCGGCGAGGAGAAACAUUUUACAAAGUACAACUAUUUCUUAUUCCAUAUCAUAUUCUUCUUGGCCACACAGUAUGUUGCGGCACUUUUGACCAUAAAUCUUGGUAUUGACAUUGAUGACAAUGAUGGCGGAUUUAUUCCUGUCGGUCGUACCUAUUUCAACACAUGGGUAAAGGUUAUUAGUACAUGGUGCUGUUUUGCUUUGUAUGGCUGGAGCUUGCUCGCUCCAGUACUUUUCCCGGACAGAUUUUACAUCAUGUGA